GAUUGAUCACCAGAGACCUUUUUUUAUAAUUGGAAUACUGAAGAUUAUGGAUGCUAUUUUAUCAUUUAAUCAAUGUGGAAGACCAAAUUUGGAUUCUUAGAGCAACUUUUGCAACUUCUAAUACAAAAAUGGAAAGUGCAGUUAAAGCUUCAGUGCCCACUGCAAACGGGAGGUACCAUAUAAACUGCUCCGAAAGUGAUGUUCUUGCCAACGGACACACCAAUGGAAAACUCCAGAAACCGAACAGUUCUGCCCAUUCAAAUAGAAUCGGUCAAACAAACUGUGCUGGUCAGUCGACCAUUGCGAAGAAUGGACAUUCGGCAAAAGCCAAUGGUCAUCCAAUGGGCCAGAGGAAUGGAAGAAUGAUGAGGAACGGGAGAACGUGCAAUGGAAGGACGAGGAGGAUGAAGAGACCGUGGGGAUGGGAUGAUUGGCUGAUAUUGGUCUGCGGGAUAUGCGUUGGGUUGGGUGUGGGCGUCGCCUACGCUUGGUUCAUUUACAUGCUUCAUGAAAACACUCUCUGGUUUACACAUAUUGAGGAGGUUGAGCGAGAGAUCUCCUUCCGAACAGAGUCCGGGUUGUACUAUUCCUAUUACAAGCAGUUUAUCAAUGCACCAACGAUAUCCCAAGGUUUUUAUGAACUCACAAAUGAUAAUACAACAGAGAAUUGGAGGACCAUCAAUGUAAUACAGAGAUUUAAUAUUUAUCAAGAGAUUUUCCUUGCAUUCGUAUACAGAAUACUGCCAUUUAUUCAGAGUAAUUAUCUGCCCAUCUUUUUUUACAUCAAGUCUGUAUUUGCUCUCCAUGGAGUUUAUUUUACCACCAUCUUUGCCAUGGCAUGGCUUCUUAGUAAUUCAUGGCUCUCUGGGCUGCUUGCGUGUACUUUCUUCAUUGCUAACAAGGCAAAUGCAACCAGAAUUGACUACACCAUACCUCUAAGAGAAAGCUUUGCUUUGCCAUUCCUGUACAUGCAGAUGACAAUUAUUACCUACUACCUGAGACCGACGGUCAUUCACAGACAGAGGAUAUGCCUUGCCUUGAUGGCUGCUACCACGUUCCUGUUUGUGUUGACAUGGCAGUUUGCUCAGUUCAUCCUCCUUCUACAAGCCAUGGCUCUCUACCUAGGUACUAUCACGGGUGUAAUUCCCAUCAAGAAGGUCAAAUACAUCUUCAGUAUCUGUGUUGGAUCCAUCCUAGCUGUGUUCAUCUUGCAGUUCUUCAAUAAGAUGUUACUAGGUUCUCUUGCACUCAGUUUUGUGAUUGUAGCGCUCCUAGACUUCAGGUUACAGGAUGGGAGACCAGUGGUAACGAGCAUCUCAGGACAACUUGUCAAACUACUGGGAAGACUCAGCUUCACAUUUGCAGGAAUGUUCAUACUCAACUUUACAAUUAAGAUCUUAAUUGGACUAGAUGCAGAUCAGCAUAUUUUUAAGUUCAUCACUGCCAAAUUUGGACUUGCCAGUGCAAGAGAUUUUGAUGUUUUGCUCUACAAGUGUCAUAGUGCCUUUGCCUUCUUGCCGAUCCAAGUCAUCAGAAACAUGACGUCAACCCUCCUCUUUCCACUCUACAUGGCUGUAGUCUUUGGCCUGCUCUCCGUUCUCGUCCUGGCGGUUAUACAGAACUGGAACCUUGAAUCCAGGAUAUCUGCUGGCAAGAAAGAUGAUGACAUCCACCAACCUGCCACCUCCUCCUCCCCUUCUCCCGAUCCUCCAUCCGAUAGUACAAUCCUAUGCAGACCGGACCUAGCCUACCACACCCUCCAGACGAUCCCCUUUGGUCUCAUGGCCUUGUUGGUGGUCCGGAUGAAGUUCGUCUGGACCCCGCAGAUGUGCGUCCUGGCGGCGUUUGGUAUCGGCAAUGCAUCGCUAUGGAGAUGGUUGCUAGGGAAGGUGGGAUGCAAGUCAGAAACAACGAUUCAAUGUGUACGUCAUGGGGUUGGAGUAGCUAUCAUUGCAGUGGCCUUCUAUGUGUGUUAUCCAGAGAUGUCUGCUGAACUGAACAAUCUCAGGGAAUUCUAUGAUCCAGAUACAGUAGAGCUUAUGAACUGGAUUAGUCAGCAGACACCCAAGACGGCUGUAUUCAGCGGUAGCAUGCAGCUUCUAGCAGGAGUUAAAUUGUGUACAGGAAGAAGACUGACAAAUCACCCACAUUAUGAGGACAAACAACUUAGAGAUAAAACAUUAGAGCUGUAUCAGUAUUACGCCAGACGGAGUGCCAAAGAUGUGUACAACAUCCACAGAGCAACGGGGACAGAUUACAUCAUCCUUGAAGACAGUAUCUGCUAUGCAAGAUCUUCAGAAGUCGGAUGCAGGCUUCCUGAUAUACUGGAUAUCAUGAAUGGACAUCUCUACAGCGAGGCCAACCCAGCCCUGGAACCAGACCUGAAGGUGGUCCAGACCAGGCGCUUCUGUGACGCCGUCCAGAGCGGGGCCCAGGACGUCGUCAGGUUCUUCAAGAUGGUCUUCCAGAACAGGACCUUCAGAGUCUACCAGCUCAUCCCACAGAGUCAAGGGGGCUGAUACGCAGCUCCCGCUUUCAAAGCGGUUUUCCUACAUUCAACUAGAAUCAUUAUUCAAGAAGCAGUAUAAACAUGGCCCAGGGGGAAAGAAAGUUGUCGGUUCCUGAGAGGAGUCAUAUACUUUGAAACUUCACCUGGACUCAGUAACACAAAGGUUUGCGAUGAAUCGUAAAUAUGAAAGAACCGCACUGAUUGGUCCCUGGUUAGUAUU